AUGGACACCAGCGGGAAGGUGAAGAAGGGAGCCGGCGGCAGAAAGGGUGGCGGUCCGAAGAAGAAACCGGUUACUCGAUCCGUGAAAGCUGGCCUGCAAUUUCCGGUCGGUAGGAUCGGCCGGUACCUGAAGAAGGGACGGUACGCGCAGCGGGUGGGCAGCGGCGCUCCGGUUUACAUGGCCGCCGUGCUGGAGUACCUUGCGGCUGAGGUUUUGGAAUUGGCUGGUAAUGCUGCAAGAGACAACAAGAAGAAUAGGAUCAAUCCAAGGCAUGUUCUUCUUGCUGUGAGGAAUGAUGAGGAGCUCGGGAAGCUUCUUGCUGGUGUGACAAUUGCACAUGGUGGAGUUAUUCCGAACAUAAACCCGGUUCUUUUGCCCAAGAAAUCCGAGAAAGUAGCCGAGAAGGCACCUAAAUCACCGGCUAAGGCCACCAAGUCUCCCAAGAAGGCAUAA